GAGUGAGCAGACGAGGAACUAGGCACUUCGUUUGCCUUCGUCCCCUUUAAAUACCCUCCAGGUGGACCCAGCCGCAUUAAAACUCUGAGAACUAGGUGAACGGCAUUUGGCCUCACCACUGGCCGGAGCGUUUGCCGUUGCUCCAGGCAACCACUGUUUUCCCUCCAGUCGUGUCGUUGCUCUACCUGGCUCCGCCCCCGAGGACGCCGAGCCUCGGCCGGGCGGUAAAAUCGGCGCUUACCCUUUAAGCGGCGGGACUUCUGGCCACGUCGUCCGCGGUCGCCGGAAGGGGAAGUUUCGCCUCAGAAGGCUGCCUCGCUGGUCCGAAUUCGGUGGCGCCACGUCCGCCCGUCUCCGCCUUCUGCAUCGCGGCUUCGGCGGCUUCCACCUAGACACCUAACAGUCGCGGAGCCGGCCGCGUCGUGAGGGGGUCGGCACGGGGAGUUGGGCGGUCGUGUGCAUCUUGGCUACCUGUGGGUCGAAGAUGUCGGACAUCGGAGACUGGUUCAGGAGCAUCCCGGCGAUCACGCGCUAUUGGUUCGCCGCCACCGUCGCGGUGCCCUUGGUCGGCAAACUCGGCCUCAUCAGCCCGGCCUACCUCUUCCUCUGGCCCGAAGCCUUCCUUUAUCGCUUUCAGAUUUGGAGGCCAAUCACUGCCACCUUUUAUUUCCCUGUGGGUCCAGGAACUGGAUUUCUUUAUUUGGUCAAUUUAUAUUUCUUAUAUCAGUAUUCUACGCGACUUGAAACAGGAGCUUUUGAUGGGAGGCCAGCAGACUAUUUAUUCAUGCUCCUCUUUAACUGGAUUUGCAUCGUGAUUACUGGCUUAGCAAUGGAUAUGCAGUUGCUGAUGAUUCCUCUGAUCAUGUCAGUACUUUAUGUCUGGGCCCAGCUGAACAGAGACAUGAUUGUAUCAUUUUGGUUUGGAACACGAUUUAAGGCCUGCUAUUUACCCUGGGUUAUCCUUGGAUUCAACUAUAUCAUCGGAGGCUCGGUAAUCAAUGAGCUUAUUGGAAAUCUGGUUGGACAUCUUUAUUUUUUCCUAAUGUUCAGAUACCCAAUGGACUUGGGAGGAAGAAAUUUUCUAUCCACACCUCAGUUUUUGUACCGCUGGCUGCCCAGUAGGAGAGGAGGAGUAUCAGGAUUUGGUGUGCCCCCUGCUAGCAUGAGGCGAGCUGCUGAUCAGAAUGGCGGAGGCGGGAGACACAACUGGGGCCAGGGCUUUCGACUUGGAGACCAGUGAAGGGGCGGCCUCGGGCAGCCGCUCCUCUCAAGCCACAUUUCCUCCCAGUGCUGGGUGCGCUUAACAACUGCGUUCUGGCUAACACUGUUGGACCUGACCCACACUGAAUGUAGUCUUUCAGUACGAGACAAAGUUUCUUAAAUCCUGAAGAAAAAUAUAAGUGUUCCACAAGUUUCACGAUUCUCAUUCAAGUCCUUACUGCUGUGAAGAACAAAUACCAACUGUGCAAAUUGCAAAACUGACUACAUUUUUUGGUGUCUUCUCUUCUCCCCUUUCCAUCUGAAUAAUGGGUUUUAGCAGGUCCUAGUCAGUCUGCUGGCAUUGAGCUGGAGAGCUGGGGCUGGGUCACCAAACCCUUCUCAAAAGGACCCUUAUCUCUUUCUUGCACACAUGCCUCCCUCCCACUUUUCCCAACCCCCACAUUUGCAACUAGAAGAGGUUGCCCAUAAAAUUGCUCUGCCCUUGACAGGUUCUGUUAUUUAUUGACUUUUGCCAAGGCUUGGUCACAACAAUCAUAUUCACGUAAUUUUCCCCCUUUGGUGGCAGAACUGUAGCAAUAGGAGGAGAAGACUGAAGCAGCGGAUGAAGCGUUUUCUCAGCUUUUGGAAUUGCUUCGACCUGACAUCCGUUGUAACCGUUUGCCACCUCUUCAGAUGUUUUUAUAAAAAAGUACCACUGAGUCAGUGAGGGCCACAGAUUGGUAUUAAUGAGAUACGAGGGUUGUUGCUGGGUGUUUGUUUCCUGAGCUAAGUGAUCAAGACUGUAGUGGAGUUGCAGCCAACACGGGUUAGGUUUAAACCAUGGGGGAUGCAACCCCUUUGCGUUUCAUAUGUAGGGCCUACUGGCUUUGUGUAGCCGGAGUAGUUGGGUUGCUUUGUGUUAGGAGGAUCCAGAUCAUGUCGGCUACAGGGAGAUGCUCUCUUUGAGAGGCUCCUGGGCAUUGAUUCCAUUUCAAUCUCAUUCUGGAUAUGUGUUCAUUGAGAAAAGGAGGAGAGACCCUCAUACGCUAUUUAAAUGUCAUUUUUUUGCCUAUCCCCCAUUUUUUGGUCAUGUUUCAAUUAAUUGUGAGGAAGGCGCAGCUCCUCUCUGCACGUAGAUCAUUUUUUAAAGCUAAUGUAAGCACAUCUAAGGGAAUAACAUGAUUUAAGGUUGAAAUGGCUUUAGAAUCAUUUGGGUUUGAGGGUGUGUUAUUUUGAGUCAUGAAUGUACAAGCUCUGUGAAUCAGACCAGCCUAAAUACCCAUACCUUUUUUUUCGUAGGUGGGCUUUUCCUAUCAGAGCUUGGCUCAUAACCAAAUAAAGUUUUUUGAAGGCCAUGGCUUUUCACACAGUUAUUUUAUUUUAUGACGUUAUCUGAAAGCAGACUGUUAGGAGCAGUAUUGAGUGGCUGUCAUACUUUGAGGCAACUGAAAAGGCUUCAAACGUUUUGAUCAGUUUCUUUUCAGGAUUGUGCUCUAACAGUAUGACUAUUCUUUCCCCCGCUCUUAAACAGUGUGAUGUGUGUUAUCCUAGGAAAUGAGAGUUGGCAAACAACUUCUCAUUUUGAAUAGAGUUUGUGUGUACCUCUCCAUAUUUAAUUUAUAUGAUAAAAUAGGUGGGGAGAGUCUGAACCUUAACUGUCAUAUGUUUUGUUGUUGAUCUGUGGCCACAAUAAAGUUUACUUGUAAAAUUUUAGAGGCCAUUACUCCAAUUAUGUUGCACGUACACUCAUUGUACAGGCGUGGAGACUCAUUGUAUGUAUAAGAAUAUUCUGACAGUGAGUGACCCGGAGUCUCUGGUGUACCCUCUUACCAGUCAGCUGCCUGCGAGCAGUCAUUUUUUCCUGAAGGUUUACAAGUAUUUAGAACUCUUCAGUUCAGGGCAAAAUGUUCAUGAAGUUAUUCCUCUUAAACAUGGUUAGGAAGCUGAUGACGUUAUUGAUUUUGUCUGGAUUAUCUUUCUGGAAUAAUUUUACCAAAACAAGCUAUUUGAGUUUUGACUUGACAAGGCAAAACAUGACAGUGGAUUCUCUUUACAAAUGGAAAAAAAAAAUCCUCAUUUUUGUAUAAAGGACUUCCCUUUUUGUAAACUAAUCCUUUUUAUUGGUAAAAAUUGUAAAUUAAAAUGUGCAACUUGAA